AUGGAUUCCAGCUACCUGACCUCGCAGGUUUCGCAAAUCAUUGGACAGCUCCAUGGCCUCUUCGAUGAGAUUGGAGUAGCCAGCCAUGACCGGGAAUCUCGAGAGUCAGAGUUAUUCUCUGCACUCUCUGAAGCUCUACACAAUCAAGUGCGACUCGUCCAAUCCGAAAAGAAUGAGAUGACCGAGGAGGCACAACGUAUCAUUACUACAAUAAAGCAGAUGGAGGCUUCGCUAGAUGACAACAAGGCGCAUCAUGAAUACCAAGCCGAGGAUGAGGAUCUGAAAAUCACAUACCCUUUGACACGUUGCUUGCAAGUAUUAAAGGAAAAGCAUCAGCAGAUAUCCAGGUUACACAAGGAGCGCUUCGAGCAAGUCAAGAAAUUGGUCCAGGCCCUCGAAUCCUACUCUUCUCAUCUCGAAGCGUCAUUUAUCAAGAUCGCUCUUCCUCCUACAACGCCCAACUCAACUGUCCCACCUACCUUUGACCUCUCGCCCGUUUACGUUACUUCACUUGAUGAUGAAUUUACUCGUGUAUACGAAGAAUACACUCGUCGGGUCGCAACAGUCAAGGCACUUUCGGAACAUAUUAUUCAGCUUUGGGCAGAGCUUGGAACACCACAGGCUCAGACAGAUAGCACGAUUGUCAAAUAUUACCGUGACUCACCAGAACAACUCGGUCUACACGAGGAAGACAUUGCUAGACUACGAGCCAAGCGCGACAAGCUGGCAGACGAAAAGAAGUCACGUGAGAAGCGCCUGAAGGAUCUUAAAAUGACCGUUGAGGGGUUAUGGCAGAAGCUGGGCGUUGAGGAGCACGAGAGGAAGAAGUUCUUGAAUGGCAAUCGUGGCUGCGGGGUCCGACAAAUCAACGAGUUUGAGGACGAGUUGUCUAGAUUGAACGAGCUGAAGCGACAAAACCUUCAUCUCUUCAUCGAGGAUGCGCGAUAUAAGCUGCAAGAACUCUGGGAUGGCCUUUACUUCUCCGAAGAGGAGAUGCUGGAGUUCACACCAGCAUUUUCGGACGUUCACAGCGAUGCUCUCCUUGAGGCACACGAGCAGGAAAUUAGCCGAUUGGAAGCUCUCAAGGAACAACGUGCCCCAACUCUGGCUCUCAUCGAAAACCAUCGAUCCCUUGUAAAGGACCGUAAUGAUCUGCAAGCAUCCAGUCAAGAUGCGUCUAGACUACUUGGACGAGGCCAGAAGGGUGAGAAGCGUGACCCAACCCGCCUUCUGAGAGAAGAGAAGAUGAGAAAGAGAAUUGCAAAGGACUUGCCGAAGAUUGCCGUUCAAUUAAGAAAGACCCUGGAGAAAUGGGAGGACGAAUAUGGUCGACCAUUCUUGGUACAUGGAGAACGAUAUAUCGACGAGCUCGACGCUUCAGAAUCCAAACCUGCACCUGGUCCUAGAUCAAAAACCCCCGCAGGACCACCACCGUCUACUACUAAGAAUCCAAAAUCGGCUCCACCUAGUCGCGGAAACAGUGUCAUGAAAGCACCACCACCAAGAUCUGGUGCAAAGACACCGACAGCUGGAGCUGCAGCAACCCUUCGACGCAAUCCAUUGGUAAAUUCUGUUUCUGCGAUGACUGGCAAGACAUCUCCCUCGAAGAUUCCUGCACGGGCACCGCUGUCAAACCUCAACCAUGGUGGAAACUCACCUGAGCGUCGGGCCAGACCGGAAUCGAGGAUGGAUACCGACAGAACUCUUCGUGGUAAGAUGGGACCUCCUCCAUUGAGGGCACCGCCGCCAAAGAUGAGAGACCUAUUUGUACCACCGCCAGCCCCUACGCCGGUAUCACUUUCCCGCUCCGAAAGCGUGCUCUCGAGUGGAAGUGUGCGACAUGUCUCCCCUGAAGACCCAUAUGGCUAUCCACAAGAGCACGGCCGACCUCAAUCGUACCAGUCACUCAAGUCCUCAAUGCGUCAAGAUGAACGAUAUACUCCAUCGACAGCUUCCUAUCCUUCUGCGCCCUCAAGCCGUCAGAUUUCAAACAAUUCAACGGUUGUUUCAGGUAGCGAGAAUUGGGAGACGUACUCUGAGAUUUCCGAGCCCGAAGAGGACGCCUCUGAUGAUUAUUAUGCUAGGCUUCGCGCUGCUCAAGGAAAACGCUACACGCCUGACGAUGGCUACGCCCCCCCACAAGGCGGACAACUCAAGAAGCACAGAGGCUUGCCACCCUACGGAGCUCAUGCUGGUCAUGCACUCACAGACCCUGAAGGCAAUCGAAUAGUAUCAGGCAGUGAGUGGACCGAUGAAGACGCCUUUUAA